AUGUCUGCCGGCACAGAUUGUUCCCCCUCACAGUCUUCAAAGUUGUUAGGACCGCAGACACGCGUUAAACCCAAUAAAAGAUUGGAGGACAGGGACGCGUCUCAGAUGCACCGGACCCAGCCUGCGGCCACAUACCUUGUUGGUCAAUCUGUUGAGAAACAAAACGACAGUCGGAUGUUACUUGACCACCAAGUGCCCGAUAGUGUACAGUCAAUAUCGCAUAAGCAGGCGGACCUAAUCCCGGAGACAGAGAUUAGUGAAUUAAACCAACCACAAGUCAAUUGUCGAGACAUGCAUAAUGGGCCAUGUGCUGGCCUUCAAGACAUAAAACGCGACUAUGAGAAGCAUAUUAAUGCUGUUAAUCAUGACCGUGAACUUGAGAGAAAGGAAUUGAGCGAGACAAAGAUGAUGCUCACUUCUUCUAUGCUAGACUGUGCAACACUGCUCUCCGAAUUCCAACAAGCAAAAGAUGCAUCAGACUCCCAGCGUGAAUACUUCGAAACAAUCAUCCAUACUUUAUCGAAUGAACUGGACGCAGCAAAGGCUACAUAUUGGAAAGACGUCCAGUCUGUCCUUCUUGAUUACCAAAGGUCUGAGGCAAACCUUCGUAUGAUGCAUGUUGAGACAAUUGCAGCGCAGAGGACCCUUGAAGAGCGGUCAAAAACUAUAACCGAACUUGAAGCUCGCUUGGGAUAUGAGAGGGCAGCUCGUGAAAGGCUCGAUGAUGACCUUGCUAUUGCGAAGAAUGCUCUGGCCGGUGAGUGUAAUGUCACAGAUCAAACUCCGGCUAACCCAGGUCGUAUUUUAGAUGCCCUUGCUGGGGAAUCUCGCCAGUUCGAGGCCCAACGCUCUAGAGAGCGAUUAAUGGAGGCUUUUAUUACAAGGAUGAGGGCCCAGGUCGCCGAUGCUACACUUAUUGAUAAAUAUGAGAAUACCUUCCACCAAAUCCCGGAGGUCAUCGAUCUUAUAGAGAGGCAUCGUAAUUUGGUGGAAAUUGUUGGAAGUUUUUCUACGGUCAUUGAAGCAAGCGAUCAAUAA